AUGGCUCUCGGGCAGAAACUACAAAAAGGAAUUCCAAAACCUUUGUAUCACCGACUAGCAGACGAAGAGCUAUCAGAUCUAUCAGAACAUUUGGAAAGGAAGCUUUGCAACGAAUAUGCUGACUACAAGGACGGAAAUCUUCAGAUCAGAAUCGAGGGAAUCGGGGAGUAUAUGUUCAAUAAGCAGCCUGCUGCCAUGCAGAUAUGGGCAUCGUCUCCAAUAACAGGGCCUAGGAAGUUUGAUAUAUGCAAAAGGUAUGAAUGGAUAGAUCUAAGAAACAACAUCUCACUUAGUGAAUAUGUCAAAGAAGAGCUGAAAAAGAUACAAAGUAAAAUAGGCAGAAAAGAUAAAUAG